AUGGGAUGGAUUUUUCAACAAAAAAUAUUAUUUGUUAUUCUUAUAGAUCUAGAAAAAGAUGAGUAUACAUUUGGAAGAGGUGAAAACUGUGAUAUACCAUUUAAUGGCAACUCAUCCAAGAAAAACCAGUGUUUUCAGGCUUAUAGUAAAGUUCACUUUAAACUUGUCAGGCAAACAACAACAUCAGGUGUACAUGUAUUUAUUGAGGAUACUAGUAGUAAUGGUACGUUUGUUAAUGGCGAGAAAGUUGGCAAGGGAAAUAAACAAGUUCUUAGCAAUAACGAUGAAAUAGCACUGGCAAUGAAAAAAAAUAAAGCCUAUGUAUUUAUGGAUCUAUAUAGUAAUGAAAAUAAAGAUUUACCAGAAGAGCUAACAGAAAAAUAUACAUUAACCAGAGUUUUAGGAAGGGGUGCAUGUGGCGAAGUAAGAUUAGCUUUUGCUAAAGGCUCCUGUGAAAAGUUUGCAUGUAAAAUUGUCUCAAAGAAGAAAUUUUCUGUUGGAGGAAACACACCUAUUAGUAUGGCCUCACAAGUUAUGGGAGAAGUUAAAAUCUUAAAGGCUUUAAAACAUCCGUGUAUUAUUAAAAUAGAAGAGGUUAUUGAUACUAAAGAUGUUUUAUAUAUCGUCUUAGAACUUGUUGAUGGUGGUGAAUUAUUUGAUAGAGUUGUCAGUGUCAAUCAAUUCAGUGAACCUGUAGCUAAAUUAUUAUUCUAUCAAAUGGUAUCAGCUAUUAAGUAUUUACAUGAUCAAAAUAUAACUCACAGAGACUUGAAGCCUGAGAAUAUUUUGCUAUGUGGUGAAAAUAAUGAAACUUUAGUUAAGGUGACAGAUUUUGGAUUAUCUAAAUUUGUUGAUGGUGGAUCAUUAAUGAAGACAUUCUGUGGAACACCAACCUAUCUGGCACCAGAAAUAUUAGUCACUGCUGGCAGUGGUACCUAUACUAAAGCCAUUGAUAACUGGAGUUUAGGUGUUAUUCUAUUCAUAUUAUUAUCUGGCUACCCACCAUUCUCUGAUGAACGUAAAGACAUGGAUUUACCUAAACAGAUCAUGGGUGGCCAUUAUGAUUUCCCUAAGAAAUACUGGGAUAAUAUUUCAGAACAAGCUAUUGAUCUGAUAAAGAAAUUAAUGACAACUGAUCCAAAGAAAAGAAUAACAAUAAAUGAUGCCAUUCAACAUCCUUGGUUUAAGGAUGAUGAAAUGAAGACUAAAGCUAAUAAGUUAAUGUACCCACAAGCUGAUGGUAUGGUGCCACCUAUAUUAGUUUGGUUAUUGUACACAUUACUUACAAAUGAAUUUUAUUGUUCAGAAAAAAUAGCUGAAUUAAAGCUAGAAAUUAAUAUAGAUAUGAAGGCUGCCUCCAAAAAACAGGGAAAUCCUGGUAAGAAGCGACCAUUAGAAAGUACAGAAGAACUAACUAGUCCAACUAAACGUCAAAAUUCUGAUACUUCAAUCUCCCCUCCAGAUACUCCUACUAUAUAGUUCUGUUUAUCUUGGUAUUCUUACUACCUGAUCAAUUCAGCAACAUUACUUUUUAUUGUAAGCUUGCUUGAAUAAUAUAAUUAUGGAAUUGACAAAAAUAAGUGAAUAGUCAACAAGUUAUUAAAAGUGGAUCAAAGGACAAAAUUUUGGUUGAUGAUUAAAUUUGCAAUCCACAAGCAAUUGAUUUGUGGAAUAGAAUAAUGUUAAUUUUUUUGUGUCAUUGCUCUUAAUUAAGCGUUGGACACAUUUUUACGAAACUUUGUAUAUUGCUUAUAUUGAAAAGAUCUGGAUUUUGUUCCAUAAAAACUAUUUUUUUUAUUAUUGUGAAUGUUGGCUUUAUAAUGUAUUAGAGAAAUUUUUGUAAUUGCUGAAUCCUUUAAGUUCAUGGACAAAUUUUCCAGUUUUAUGCAUUUUAAUCGCUUGAUAUUUGAAUGGCAUUAAGCAUUGAUAGAUGAUUUUAUUAUACAGGUACAUAGUUUUUUAAGAAUUUUUGUUUGGCUUGUUCAUAACAGAAUUAAAGCAAUCUUCAACAUGGCAUUUGUAUGUAUAUAAGAGAAGUUUGUAUAUUUGUAUAUAGUUUUAAUAUUUUAUCAUAUUUUG